AUGAUAAAAAGAGACUCCCAGUGUAACUUACUUUUCAAAAUUAUUCUGAUAGGAGAUUCGGGUGUAGGCAAAACAAAUUUGCGUUCACGGUUCACUAACGACGAAUUCAACCUGGAAAGCAAGAGCACAAUCGGCGUUGAUUUUGCCACAAAGAAUGUCACCAUUGACGGUAGGACCGUGAAAGCACAGAUAUGGGAUACUGCUGGUCAGGAAAGAUAUCGUGCUAUAACUUCUGCCUAUUAUCGUGGUGCUGUCGGUGCACUAUUAGUUUAUGAUAUCUCAAAACCGCACACCUUUUUAAACUUGGAUAGAUGGUUAGAAGAAUUGAGAGAAUAUGCUUCAGAGGAUAUUGUCAUCAUACUAGUCGGCAAUAAAUGUGAUUUAAAACACUUACGAUGUAUACUUACUGAAGAUGCACAACGUUUUGCUGAACAACAAGGUAUGUUAUUUAUUGAGACCUCGGCGUUGGAUUCUGUCAAUGUUGAAGAGGCAUUUUAUCAAACACUUAAAACUAUUUACAAUGUGGUCAGUAGUCAUCCAUCCUUUAAUGAACAAGAGGCGAGUAUUUCACCAACCAAUAAUCUUCCCAUUGAAAAACCAACUGUAAAGGAACCAGAAAAAAGGAAAUUCUGUUGUAUGUAA